UUAACAAAAACAUUUUCAUUGAGAAGAAAAAUGAAAUGCUAAGGGAUGCAUUUUUAUUGUGUAGCAUUAGAAUGGGCCUCACAUUGUAUAUUUUGGUUCUGUUAUUAAUGGCUACAAUGUCAUUUAUCAAAAUGUUUGCAUUACACAAGUUGUGUGCAUCGCACAUAUAUAUACACUAUAAUCAUUAUAAUGUAUUAUAGUUCAUUAUCAAAAAAUAUCCUAGCCCCUAUUCUGCUUUGGAAAAUCGGGGAGAAUUGGUGGAUGUUAGGGGCGUGUCCUCAAACCCUGCCCCGCCUCCUUGGAUUUCUCUUGUUUUUCUUAGUGUACUGCAGGCAGAAAAAAGCUUUUGUCUGAUCUGUUGAGACUGAAGGUUGUCAUCAACAACAUUUAAGGUAUCUCUUCACAUUCAUGUUUGGGCAGCUACUACAAUGAAGGGGCUUUUGUUCUAUGUGCUCUAUCUGAUCAUUGGAAGUUAUGCUGAAAGAGAAGAUCUCUCUGGGAAAGCCUUCACCUUCCCAAAACAGACAGCCACGGACUAUGUGAAGAUCACGCUUGAUGACAAGACGUCCCUAACGGCCCUGACUGUCUGCCUGAGAUUCUUCACUGACUUAAGUCAGGAAUUCUCGAUUUUCUCCAUGGCUACACUUACACACCAUAAUGCGUUUCUGCUGUACAAGGAACCGUCCGGUGUGUAUGGAGGGCAUAUCAAUAAUCUCUCUGCUAAGUUCUUUGGUCUUCCAGUCGAGGUGAACGAGUGGAUCUCGACCUGUAUGACCUGGAAUUCCAAAAACCGCCUGAUUCAGCUGUGGGUAAAUGGAAAGCACAGUGUCAAGAAGCCUGUGGGGAAUAACGCCGCCAUCCAUGUACCCGCCAUUAUCACUUUAGGUCAGGAGCAGGACAGUUAUGGAGGGGGCUUUAAUGCACACCAAUCUUUCGUGGGUGACAUCACCGACGUCCACAUGUGGGACCACGCCCUCUCUCCCUGCCAGAUCCAGAAUUACAUCACUCACGCAAGCUUCUCACCAGGUAAUGUUAUAAGCUGGAAAGCUUUAGAGUAUGUUAAACAGGGGAGUGUGACUGUAGAAGACAUCGAGAUCAAUACUUGUGAAAAGCCUGGAUUGUUAUGAAGAAAACAAAAUGACUUCUGUGGCUCUUUUAUGUAAAAAUAUUCAGUUGCUGCUGCAGUCUGUCAAGAAUGACUGGCACAUUCAGGUCCACCUCAUGUCAAUAUGAAUUAUGACAAUCUUUUAAUGAUUACAUUGUAUGUAUGAAUUAAGUUUUACAAUAAAAAAAACUGAGCAACA